UAUAUCUAUUCAAAUUUUUUCCUGUGAGUGAUACCUUUAUGACUACAGUCGGCUACACGACACUUUCGACCAAUGACAGCAUGGAUUUAGACUGUGACACGGAAGGCUGGUUGUGUUAUGAUUGUGACGGGAAGACAUAUGUGAUAAUGAAUACAACAACUGAAAUCGAAGGCAUGCCAUUGUAUUGUAGAUAUAUGAAAUUUAAAAAAGUUUCGAGAAUCAUAUACUUAAUGGUGGCGCUGUUUAUAUUCUUGCUUGCUGUCAUCGGAAACGCGUUGGUAUUGAUAAUCGUGAAGAGGUUUCGCGACAUGAAAAAUGUGACCAACUACCUGUUAGCCAACUUAGCUGUCACUGAUUUAACGUGUACUUUCCUUGCCUCGCUUCCCUCAGUGAUCAUAUACUUUCAUGAUAUCAUCCCGGAGCAAUGGACAUUAGUAAUUAUUAAUUACGUGCAGAUGGUAACAGCCCAGGCUAGUUGUGUAACUUUCAUCGUAUUGGCCGUGCACCGUUACUUCGUUUCUAAGAACAUGUUUGCAAAAGGAAACCAAGUUCCCUAUCGGAUUCAGCUGUCUAGUGUUCCGAAGAUCUUAGCAUCCAUUUGGAUAUUGUCUGUGGUAUUACAUGUACCAGUGCUUAUUCUUAAAAUUCGUCAGGGCACAGAUGAUGAAAAAUGGAGGUAUUACAUAAUAUACUACUUUAUAAUGGUGUAUGUCAACCCACUAGUCAUAAUUCCUGUGCUGUACUACAACAUCGUGGACUUGAUAUGGCGCGCCACGAGCGUCAGAUCAAACAGUUCAAAUUCAUCGGCGGUUCUUUCUGGAAUUCGAUUGCAGACUCAUCGGAAGAAAAAACGCGCAAGUCGUGUCAUAUUUGCAGUUGUCUGCAUUUUUAUUGUGUGCUGGACGCCUUACUGUAUAUUUAAUUUCUACAUAGCCUUUUUUCCUUAUCGCAGCCCGAUGUCGAUGUGGGCUUUUAUGGACUCGGCAAGACUUGUGUCUCACACACUGAUAUACUUUUCAAAUUGUAUAAAUCCGAUUAUAUAUGCCUUCUCUGGCCUUCCAUACCGUCGUCAUUUUAAGGAGCUGUUCGCUCUUUGUGUAAUCUACUGUGCCAAGCCUGAGACACAAAUGGACACAACAAAUGAUUUUAUAUAUUCGUAAAACGUUAACAUUGUGGGAUUGAUAUGUCGCGCCACGAGCGUCAGAUAAAACCGUUUUAAUAUACUAGACUAUUGAAUUUUUCUUGUAAAACAUACCCUUUGAGAAUGUAUAGCGUUAUACUUAAAAUUGUUUUAUGCAUGCCUAUAAAGGAGUGGAGUGGUGUAUACUUGCAAUAUGUACAGCUUUGGUUUUAGCCAAGUGGUCGCCCACAUCAACUUCAUAAUGAUGUUCAAUGUUACAUUUUCAAUGACACCAACAUAUUGAGCAGAGUUUGCACGCGGAUACAGAACGUGGAACGUUCGAUUAUGUAAUUAUAUUGUGAUUAAAUUAAACGUAGUGCUUUGUAAAAUAAAAUUUUAAAAAGACUUCAGAAUGCUCAGUAUAUUGCGUUCAAUAUACGCUUAUGCUAGUUUAUCGUCUCUUCAUUUAUUUAUAUAAUAUGUAUAUAUACCAAUAUGUAAUAUAUAUAAUGAUCUUUUCAAAUGCCUAUCGUCUGUAUAUACAUAAGCCUAUACGUAUAUAUAAAUAGAACAUCAACUUCCUUUACUGUAAAGCGAAUUUCAAAAGUAACUUAAUGAGUACACAAACGUUUCUGGGUAUUAUCUUUAGGUCGUACAGAUAAAAGUACACAAGUAAAUAAAUCAAAACCCAGUGAGAGUUAUUCACAAGACAUGUUUCGAGCAUAGCUUUUAUCAUCGUAUAUAUA